CAAAUGGGCACCCCCAGGGAGGGGAAGGGCAAGGUCACAGCCACCCCUGACCCCUUGGCCCCAAGCCACGGACCUCUCCCCAGCCUGUUCCUGGGUUUCUUCAGAAUCUUUGCUGCUGUGAGAAUUCCAGGCUUCCCGGCCUCAUGACAACACCAAGUGAACAAGAGGUUCCAGAACGUGGGGGCCUGGGCCUGGGCUGGUGGGCACAGGACCAGGGCACAGGCUGCAUUUUGGCUGAGGUUGGGUGUUUGCCGGCCGCAGCGGGGGCCCAGCAUGGGCCUGGAGCUCUACCUGGACCUGCUGUCCGCGUCGUGCCGCGCUGUCUACAUCUUUGCCAGGAAGAACAGCAUCCCUUUCGACUUCCAGUUUGUGGAUCUGCUGAAAGGUCACCACCACAGCAAGGAGUACAUCGAGAUCAACCCCCUGAGGAAGCUGCCCAGUCUCAAAGAUGGAACAUUUGUCUUAUCCGAAAGCUGCUGAUCCCGAUGAUCGCGGGUGAGGAAGUUCCAGCUGAGAAGACAGAGCAGGUGCUGGCAGAGGUGAAGAACAACUUGAAGCUCUUCGAGGAAAAGUUUCUGCAGGAGAAGAUGUUCAUCACUGGGGACAACAUCUCCCUGGCCGACUUGGUAGCCCUGGUGGAGAUGAUGCAGCCCAUGGCGGGCAACCAUAACGUCUUCCUCAACAGCUCCAAGCUGGCCGAGUGGCGCAUGAGGGUGGAGCUGGCCAUCGGCUCCGGCCUCUUCUGGGAGGCCCACGACCGGCUGGUGAAGUUGGUGGAGUGGGACUGCUCCACGCUGGACCCGAUGGUCAAGGAGAGGAUCUGCGAUUUGCUGCAGAAGUUCAAGUAGAAGCAGCCCAGCCUGCGGGCCUGGACGGCUCAGCCCCCAGCGCCUCCUACCUUAGGGAAGACGCUGAAAAUCACUGUUUGCUUAAUAAAAAACUGGAACAACCACCACGGUUGCUGAGCCUGGGACGCACGUCUGAUGUGGUGGGUCUGGGGGGUGGUCACAAGUCCCCCCAGCUUCCAAAAAGAAUUUG